AUGGAAGAAGAAAGAGAGAAUGUUUCUUUAGCAAUGAACAAACAGAAUUCUGGAUUAUAUCAAGAUGGAGCCGAAUUGAGAAAAUUCAGAGCGUAUCUAGGAUGGGUUUACGUGGACCAAUCAAAUCUAUGCAAAACUGGUUUAUCUUGGUCUUUGUUUUUUACACUGGCUUACGUUGUACCGAUUCUAUCACACUUUCUUCUUGAUUGUUCGACAACCUGCGACGCGGAUCAUACCCGACCGUACCAUGUUCCUGUUCAGAUUUCUUUGUCUGCUUUUGCUACCUUGUCUUUUGUUAGCCUCUCGAAAUGGGAUCGUAGAUAUGGGUUCAGUAGGUUUCUUUUUCUUGAUAAAGUUACUGAUGAGAGUCUCAAGAUUCAACGUGGGUAUGCUCAACAGAUGAAGAGAACAAUGAAGCUCAUCUUGCUUUGGGGACUUCCCUGUUUCAUAGCUGAAUGUGCCUACAAGAUAUGGUGGUACAUUUCAGGAUCGUCCCAAAUACCACAUUAUGGUGAAAAAUAUGUGAGCAGCAUUAUUAUGUGCACAUUGGAGCUAUGUUCUUGGCUUUAUAGAACAUCGACUUUCUUCUUGGUAUGUGUCCUCUUUCGACUCAUUGGCUACCUGCAAAUACAAAGACUAGAUGAGUUUGCUCCUGUUUUUCAAAGAGAGACUGAGGUAGGAUCGAUCUUGUUGGAACACCUAAGAAUACGAAGGAAUCUACGCGUCAUUAGCCACCGUUUUCGAGCUUUCAUUUUGUCUUCUCUCCUUUUGGUGACAGCAAGCCAGCUCAUUUUUCUUCUGAUGGUUAUAAAACCACAUGCUGACGCUGAUAUCCUCAAAAGUGGAGAGCUCGGGUUAGUCUCCAUCACCUUGGUUAGUGGACUUUACAUACUUUUAAGAAGCGCGACGAAGAUCACACAUAAAGCACAAUCCAUCACAGGACUUGCUGCUAAGUGGCAUAUAUGUGCCACCAUAAACUCCUUUGAAAACAUCGAAGGUGAGACACCAAUAGCAGAGGCAACUUCAACACCAGUUAUCGCUACCAGUAUUAAUUGGGGAUUGUCGGACGAAGAUGAGUUGGGAGAUGAAGAGGAUGAGUUGAAUAACACCAAGUUAAUGCCGAUUCAGACACAUACUAUCUCGUUCAAUAAGAGACAAGCUUUAGUGACAUAUAUGGAGAACAAUAGAGCAGGAAUCACUGUUUAUGGAUUCAUGCUUGACAGAAGUUGGCUUCACUCCAUUUUUGGUAUUCAAUUGGCUCUCUGUCUUUGGCUACUUAACAAGACGGUUGGUAUUUAG